AGUCGCAAUCAUUUUCUUCGUCUAUUUCCACAUCUGCUGCAAGUGGCUGCGUUAAUACUCCGGUAACAUUCUAGUGCCUAUCGUUUCGCAGAUUUCAACGCUAACCAUAGCACGACGACAGCAUCAACAUGGCACUUUCCCAGUUCAUGAAAUUUGCUGCACGGCCCGCCUGCCGUGCCCUAUCGUCUAAAGCGGCCCCUGCCCUGGAUGUGUCCCUGACAGGUCCGAGCUUCGCGUUGAGCGACGAGCAGCGUGAAAUUGUAGAGCUCACCAAGAAGUUCGUCCGGGAAGAGAUCAUCCCCGUUGCGGCACACCAUGACAAGACCGGCGAGUACCCGUGGGCCGUCAUCAAGAAGGCAUGGGAGCUCGGACUCACCAACAGCCACAUUCCGGCAGAAAUCGGUGGCACCGAAAUGUCGAUCGUGACCAGCUGUCUGGUGGCGGAACAGUUCGCGUACGGUUGCACCGGAAUUAUGACGGCGAUCGAGGCUAGCGGUCUCGGGCAAACUCCUGUUAUCAUCGCCGGUAACAAGGAGCAGCAGAAAAAGUACCUCGGCCGGCUGCUCGAGGAGCCGUUGGUGGCGGCUUACUGCGUAACGGAACCGGGUGCUGGCUCGGACGUGAAUGGUGUGAAAACCCGCGCCGAGAAGAAAGGCGACGAGUACAUCCUGAACGGUCAGAAGAUGUGGAUCACGAACGGUGGCGUUGCGAAUUGGUACUUCGUGCUCGCCCGUACCAAUCCCGACCCGAAGUGUCCUGCCUCGAAGGCGUUCACCGGAUUUAUCGUCGAACGGGACACUCCCGGAUUGACGCCCGGUCGCAAAGAGCAGAACAUGGGUCAGCGUGCCUCCGACACACGCGGCAUCACGUUCGAGGAUGUGCGCGUGCCGAAGGAGAACGUGCUGGUUGGGGAGGGCGCAGGGUUCAAGAUCGCGAUGGGAACGUUCGACAAAACGCGUCCUCCGGUUGCGGCCGGGGCCGUCGGGUUGGCUCAGCGUUGUCUGGACGAAGCCCUAAAGUACUCGCUGGAACGCAAGACGUUCGGUGUACCGAUCGCUGCCCACCAGGCCGUUUCGUUCAUGCUGGCUGAUAUGGCGAUCGGUGUUGAGACGGCGCGCCUCAUCACGAUGAAGUCCGCCUGGGAGGUGGACCAGGGCCGCCGGAACAGUUAUUACGCCUCGAUUGCCAAGUGCUACGCGUCGGACAUUGCGAACAAGAUCGCUACCGAUGCGGUGCAGGUGUUCGGUGGAAACGGAUUCAACAGCGAGUACCCCGUAGAGAAGCUGAUGCGCGAUGCUAAGAUUUACCAGAUCUACGAGGGCACUUCGCAGAUCCAGCGGUUGAUCAUAUCGCGCAACAUGAUUGAGGCUGCCAAGCAGCAAGCGUAAGCUAGGACAUCGCUUGCUUUUUCAGGACCAGUGGGCUCGAUCACAUCAACACUAUCUAUCACGUGCAUUAUUCUUUUUCUAUUUUUAUGACUUUUUUAGGUUUGUUAAAUGUUUACCAUAGUAAAGUUAUCAUCACAUAGACUGGGUGCUAAAUAAAUUGUAUAUUUUCCUAAAAUAA